UUCCCGCUCAUCUGUUCUACGUCCUUUUUCGGACGAUAAUCCACACUUGAAAUUAAUGUGAUCCUGGAGGAAUUUGAAUGUGAAAUCAGUGGCGGCAAAUCACUGAAAUUUUAUGACUUGCAAUUAUUCAAACCGCGUGGAAAUACUACAAAGUAUUCAGUUUUGAUUUUCACAGUUUUUAAACGCUCUUCUACAAUACGUUAUACGUGUGAGUGUUUGCGUCUGCAUCUUUGUAAAUCUGGUCUGCAUUCUGAGAGUGAAGCAGAAGCUCCUACGUCCUUCUUGCUGGAAUCCCAUAGAUUCGUCAUUCAGCCAUUUCGUUGCGUGCUGCUUCCAACUUUCCAUUUUAUUUUGGAUGAAAUCUGAUUAGAGAUUUCCGCAAUUUGAAUCCACAUUUUAUUGUGAUCUAUCUCUAUAAAUAAUCACAUCAAAUCAUGGAAAACUCUGCCGUCAGCCAUAAAGAAGCGCGAAAGAAUCGUCGAGCUUCAGUUGAGAAGCCUUCCUUCGAGCGCCGUUCAUCAGUUUCGGGCAGCGACGAAGAAUUUCAAGCAGACAUCAAGGCGCCGGGAGACCUGCCGCUGCCCGAAUCCAUGCUGGGCCAUGAGCGAGUCCAUACCGAGAUUACACCGUUGGAGGAAAGCAAGAAGAUCGUCGAUGAAGAGUUCGAGAAGCUGGAGAAGGAAAAAGGCCCCAAAACCUGGGCGGACGUCGUGGCGCACAACCGCGCUUCCGAAACCAGCGAACCGCAGGGUUCAGAGAAAUCAGCCGAGAAAAUCCAUAGUUUUCCCUUCACAUCAGCAGGCGAUUCAGUGCAAGAAAGUCCGGCUGCGGAUGAAAAAUCGCCGUCAGCGGAAGUCCCCAUUAAAAGUCUUGGACCUGUUGACAAAUCCGAAGCUUUCGCAAAUAUGCAAGAUUUUCAGAAGGAGUUAGUCGUGGAGGCGCUGCAGAAUACCGGAACUCGUGAGAAAGUCAAAGAACCGGUUGCAAUCAAAAGUCUUGGGCCAUUGGACACUCCCUGUGAAGAGUUUUCGCAUGGGUUCCAGAAGGAUCUCACACUCGGAGGCGCAAAUACGGAACGGCCGGACGGCACUGAAUCCAACGUCAGUACCCAACCAGAACCCGAAUCCGACGAAACACAGCAAAAGAAUUUCCUCCUUCGCGCCGCGGAGAAAGUCGCGGCUGCCGCGGGAACCGUCGUCGGACUUCUCAUCCCCGCACCCUCAACGGAAGACGCCCCUGCCAACACACCAAAGGAAGCACCAAAAGAAAUCACCCCAAAAGAUGUCGAGCAGGAAACACUGACCGCGAGCGCCGACGAAUCCUUUGAAGAAGAGAAAGGCCUCGUGGACACGGCCAUCGAGAAAGUCUGGAAUCUCAUCACCGGGAAAGAGGAGCUCUUCCCUAUCCAGGAGGAUUCUGCCACGGACAAACCGGCGCAGGUGGACAAUCACAACAUGACCGAGGAAGAAUUCAUCCAGACGGCGAUCAAAAGCGAUUUGAAUCCGAACGCGGCGCCGUUUGUUCCGUCGGGACUUCUGCCAGUUAUGCAACCGGAAGUCGUUCCCUAUCCGCAUCCGACAGUUGCGGGAAACGGGAUGAUGGCGGCGGGAUUCGGUCAGGAGAAUGAUAUUGCGGGAAAGACUGUGGAAUCUGGAAAUUUCGCGGCUUGAUUCAUAAUUUUUCCCUGUGUUUGUGAAUUGUUCUUGUUGUUAUCGCUAAAAAGUGGUACGUCUUUGAAAUAGUCAUCGUUUUCCUAAUUUUGACACGGUCUUGUGACAUUUUUUAUCUUUAAACCGGGUUAAUAUUUGAUGCUGCUUUUGGUCAAGAUAACGGUCUUUGAUAUUUAUUCAUAGAAAUUAUUUUAUUAAUUUUGGCGUCGAGACAAUAAUCAUAUUGAUUAUGACCGGACUAGCGCAUAUUUUGCGCGUUUUUAUCCGAUUUGAAAUUUUGAUUGCACGUUAUCCUGAUUGUACAGUCUCCUCAUUGUUGUACUGUGUGAAUCGAUGUAAAUAAACAUUUGCGCGCUG